CGCUUUCUUCGCCUUCCGCCCUUCGCUUCGAUGCCUACACUCUCGUUGGAGCGGAUACGCCAUUAUCUCGGGCUCGACUGUAGAUACCUGGCGUCACACUCAGUCUAUACUCCUUUGUGCUAUCUCGAGCUCUAUUGAAACAACUGCGCCUCCGCACUUUGCUGCUCUCUGAUUCCUUGCCUGACGUUCUGCGGUGCGGACUCCGCUACAGUUUGGGACACUAUCAACACGAGCGCAUCACUACUCCUGGUUGGUCGACCCCUGUGUGUCACUUAGUCGUGAAGAGCAAUAUUGGCAGAGAAGACCGAGAGCCCCGUCUUGUGUUCUUCGCCUCUCGCAUCGACCUGUUAUCGUUCGCCGCCUUCGAAUCGCCUGCCAUUCUCGCCUUCCCUUUCGUCUGUAUACUCCCACCGCUACACAAUGUCGCGCGUCAAGACCCUACGUGAACUGUCCGAAAACUCGGUCAUCAUUGCACGCCUGGUAAAUGAAGAGGUCGCGGCGGACUACAAGUAUCGCGGUACCUUCUACACACGGUCUUCUCCUCUUCAGUUCGUUGCGGCAGACAGACGGGCGCACAUAAUCGAGAAGGCAUCGGUUCUCUGGAAAAGCGGGGCCGCGCAAGCGAUUGAGGAUGGUCGCAAAGCGUUGGAGACCACAAUCGAGAGGGUCGUCGAGGCGUCUCCGAACCUUAUGACCCUUCCUGUGUGCGUGCGCAAGGUACUCGUCGAUGUGUUCAGCUCAGAGAAAGUCGCGUCGAUUAGGGCUCCGUAUAUAAUUUCCGGGGCCCCUGUAUGUUAUAAGUAUGGUGUUUGA